AUGGCACUUCGGGACACCUGGCUCCCCAUACUCAAGGCGCGUGGCUUGAGCCACAAGUUUUUCCUGGCGGGCACAGAGGUCGAUGACCAGUCAGAAGUUGACGCGCUGCUGCGGCGCGAGCGCGACGUGUUCGACGAUAUGGUGUUUCUUACUGGAACGACUGACGAGUACCCCAUCGGGCGCAAGGGCCUUGCGGCCGUGCUGUGGGCUGCACAUAACACCGAAGCCCAAUUCUGGCUGAAGUUUGACGAUGACCUGUACGUCCGCCCACAUCUUCUGCUCAACCGCCUCUCCAGUCUGCAGCGAGCUGAACUGUAUUGGGGCGCCUUCGACUACAGCGGGAUGGUGGUACGCGACCUGUCCGAUCCGCACUACACACCCUACGACGUGUGGCCGGAGCCUGUCUUCCCGGCGUACGCGCGCGGCGCGGCCGUGGCGUUAUCCAUGGACCUGGUGCGCCUGAUUGCGGAGCACGAGGAGAAGUUGCCCUUCAAGAAGAUUCGGGUGGAGGAUGUCUCCUAUGGCUUUUAUCUCUACCAGCUGACCUUCGACCGGCAGGUCACCUCUGUGACCAUCUUUGACCGCGACGAGGACCACUUCGCCAUGGAUGCCAAGUGCUGCACGGAGGCAUCGCACCCGAACAACUGCUGGCUUCCCCUCAACGCGCAGACGUGGAUUGCACACCACGUGACACCCAGCACCAUCCGCUGCAUGUUUGCGAAGGACUUGGGAUCUGGGUUCUACACCCCGUCAAGCGCAGAGACGCGAAGCAUGACCGGCUUGCUGGCCGAGAUGGCAGCCUUCGACCCUCACGUCCAGUCGGCGACCGGCCCCAUCCAGCGGGGUGAGAUCCCACUGUCUGGGUCCGGGCCUCCUGCGGACCUCUGCGGCUGCGUGGUCACCCCGCCCGCGCACCCAGGGAAGCCCCUGCAGAAGGGAGGCAUGCAGGUUCUUCUGAAGGGGUCUGCAAGUUCAAUUCCGUCAGAUGCUGUGCUGCACGUGGCCCAAGAGUUUGCCAUGCAGCCCUCCUUGCAGCAGAUUCCUAGUAUCGAAGCCCUGCCCAGCAUGUUGCAGACAGGCGAGUGGGCUGCUGUCGGGGUUGCAGGAGACAGAAGUGGUGUCAAACUGAAAGUGAGGCCUCAUGAAAUCGGGGCCCACGACGACCGCAUUCUCUGGCGCCGGGAGGACUGGCAGCUCUUCCGGGGAACCCCUAGCGCCGAUGACGUCCAGCAGGGCGAGCUGGGGGACUGCUGGUUCCUCUCCUCCCUGGCCGCCAUGGCCGAGUUUCAGGGCGGGCGCUUGGUGCAGAGGUUACUCCCUGACCAGCGCCAGUUCAGUCGCCCUGGGGCCUAUUUAGUGCGAUUCUGGCUCGGUGGUCGCUGGCGGGAUGUUAUAGUUGACGACCGCCUGCCGUGCAUCGGAAACGGUCUGGGGACGUACACGCAGCUGGCGUAUUGCGCUACGCGCAAAUGUCAGCUUUGGGCCAGUAUCAUCGAAAAGGGCUUCGCCAAAGCUUGCGGCUCCUACCAGGCCAUUGCUGGCGGAGAGGCUGAGGAAGCUCUGACCAUCCUCACCGGCUGGCCCUGCGAGACCAUCCAAUUCGACAAAGAGGAGUUUGAUGCCGACAUUCUGUGGGCGACAAUGUGUACGUCCAGAGAUGCAAAGUUCCUGAUGACUGUCUCCACGAGCUCCAGCAAGUCUCGAAGUGAAGAGGAGAUUCGGGCGGCAGGGCUCGUCCCCAACCAUGCCUACUCCCUGAUCGACGCCUUCGACGUCCUGGACAGCCGUGGGGACAGGCUGCGGCUACUGAAGAUCCGCAAUCCUCACGCCAAGGAUCGAUGGCGGGGCAAUUGGUCAGAGACGAGCCAUUUGUGGACUCCGGAGCUUCGGGAGCAGCUGGGCUGUCAGAAAGCCACGCAGGCGCUUGGAGGUUGCAUGCAAUUGUGUCUGUUGGACUUGGCAGGAGAUGACAUGGCUCAAGCAUCGACAGCAAUGGCUCACAGCCUGAAGCUUCAGCAUGUUCUCGCAGCAUUGCGAAGUCGAUGGUCGCGUAAACUGGCCACCAGUCAGUUCACCGGCGUGAGUUGGCACAAAGUCGCACAAAAGUUCAGCGCCACGGUCUCUGUUGCAGGCACGAGCUAUCAUGUGGGCUACUUCCAGUCCGACGUAGACGCGGCAUGCGCGUAUGACGAACGGCUCCGCAGCUUGUGUCAAGAUCAGGCUCGACUGAAGAGGUCAUUAAACUUUCCCACCCAGAUGGAAGCCCUUUUCACAGAAAGUGCUGCUGAAGCUCGAGAUCGCGCACUUGCGGCACGCAUUGCCAGCGGCGCAGACCAAGCAGAGGCGCAGUCCAUACGCCUCUUGCAGGCUCUCUUCCAAUCAUCGGACCAGGCAGCAGACUAUGAAAUAGUUACGGUUGCCGGACAUUCUAAGGUUGAUGCGCUUUUCCGGCCCAAAGGGUCCUGCAACGGGGGCCUCUGUCUUCAACUAAAGUCGGCUAGCGCGAGCGGAAACCGUAAGCAGUCGUACUACUUCAGGAAGGUGCAAGGCUACGCGGGUAUGCUGCUACUUCUCAUACCCCGGGACCUUGAACACAACAUUCUUUGGCGAAUUCCUGGAAGCUUGGUCACCCAAACAUCCUUGAGGCUAACUUUGGGCACAAGCAGAGAUGAGUACUUGCGCGUGCCUGACAUUGGCCGUACCUUGUAUGAGUGCUUCCAUCAGCCUGAACACUUUCCUCAUUGUACAAUGAACGAGGCUGCACUACAAUGCUGUGCUUCACACCGCAUGGAACAGCAGGCGCACCGAUUGAUGGCUAGGGCGCUUUCCUGCUCACAGUUCGAGCUCAGGAAACCGUUGCUGACAUCAGGAACUGUAGACUCAGUGCUCAGCACACACAGCUCCGCCGAAUGGAAUGUGCAAGAGAAAGCAUCCCGCUUGAAGAGCAGAAACCGUUAUCUAGUAAACCUUUGGAAGAAUGGCGGGGCUUUGGGUCGACUUGCGUAUGACGAGCAUGAUUUCGAUCUGCUCCUGGUCGCCAUUAUGGAUAACGAGGCUCUGUUGGGCAUGUUUGUGUUUCCAGCCCCUCUUCUGGCUGAACGAGCGCUGCUAGGACAGAAGCCAACGAACUUGGAGUUGUAUCCGCCAUGGAAGCUGCCCAAGAGCCCGAGUUGCAGAACCAGGCAUGCCUGGCAGUUGGAUUACUUUCUGGACCUACGUGGUUGGGAUGGCUCAGCAGUGCUCCCAUCAGUUGAAAGUUCAAAUUUGCACCACUUGUUCGUGGAUUACGUAACGGAGUCGACGAAGGAUAUCUGCACGGAGGCUGACCGCCAACAUGCCACCGGAUGCAACUACAUGUCCUGCAUACUUCCGACGCAUAGCAUGGCGUGCUCCAACCUGGAUGCCUCGGUUCUCAGGUUCGAGCGCUGCACCAUCUGCAAGGUGCGCAGCGAUGGCUGGCACAAGGUUCGCAUGCCGACCGAACUGCCUGGCAACAUGGUCCUUCCCAACUCAGGCUGGCUUCUCACCGUUUCAGAAACCACGGAGUGCUGCCUGACUGUCGCGCAGCCACAGGAUCGUGCCAAACCAGGGCCGCUGUUCCGCGCGCUGAAGCUAGGCCCCAUCGCAGUGGCAGGCUUUGUUUUGGUCGAGGCCUCAAGCCCGCAGAAGCUCAGCGUGGCCGCAGUGGGCCAUCCUCGCUCCCGGGCUGUUGUGUCAGCCGACUGCUGGUUGAAGCCAGGGGUCUCCUACUUCCUGUUGCCCCUGAGCCUGCAUGAGAAUGACACGAUGCCGGCGGUCUUCUCCUGCUUCAGCCGCAAAGCAGUGCAGAUCCAGGAGCACAAGUUCUCAGAAUCGGCUGUGAUGGCAACCUGGAGUGCCUUCAUCAAGUCAUCCGAGAAAGCCCCGGACACCUUCCACGGUGCCAAGGUCUACACGGCUAAGAGCGGCGGUGGAAUGGUGGCAUGCCUGGCCGAGAAUCACAGCCGCGGCUUCUUUCAAGCCGAGGUCACCUUCAACAGUUACGAGGAUGGCAAGCUCCUCUUCUCAAGGAGCAGCAACGUCACCAAAGACUGGAUCGCGCCCGGCCAAGCUCAGAUCCUGCAGGUGGUGCUUCCGCAAGGCUCGGGCGGGGGCUGGCGCAGCAGCCAGCGCUACGAGCUGCGCUUCGUGCGGCCUCGGAUAUUGGAGAUGUGA